AUGCUUUCGCAAUGCACCCGAUUUGAGGCGAAUCCAUUUAACAAGGAGAAGUGCAAGAAUUGCUACAAGCCCAAGGACUCGCACUCCAACGAAUGUCUCGAAAAUGCAAAAAUGAACCGAAAAGUGACGGCGUGUGGAUUCCUCUACGUCGCCCCGCCAAAUCUCGACUUUUCCAUCCAAGCCCACACAGCUAAGAGAUGGCAACGCCGCUGGUUCACGCUGUUUGACACCGGGGAAUUGACCUACGCCCUUGAUAAUAAUCCCGACACGGUUCCACAGUUCUCGAUCGACAUGGUUCGGUGCCAUCGGGUUUGCGAAGCGGACAGCAUUACUUGCCACGCACACUCGAUUCUCCUCGCCUUCCGAACGACCCCCGAUGACGGUGUUCCUCCCGUCGUUUAUGUAAAAGCCGACACCACCGACGAAAUUAGAUGGUGGCAAGGCAUGCUGGCCCCAUUCGCCAAAAAUAAUAUUGUGCUCAAGCCUCGCCGGUCUAUCGAAACCGCCGAGCCCAGCUACAAAGUGGAGCCGGCUGCUCCCCCCUCGUCGCUGUUGUCACCUAAAAUGUGCUCCCCAUCGAGCUCUCGCGAUUCCAGCCUCGAUCGUCUGGAUGAUGGACGAUACGAAGGAGCGAGACAUGGAACAGUCCGGCGCGUAAAGCGCGACAGCGUUCUGGCGCGCGAGACAGAAAAACGGCCAGAACCUCUCCUCGUCGUUGCCACCACCACGCCGAUUACAAGUUCUCUAACGAUGAGAGCCCGCUCUUCUUCUGGAUCGACGGAGAGUAGUUCAGCUCCUCCUGCUCCAGCUACCCAGCCCCCAUCCCUGGCCUCGGAAUCGGUCUCCUCCCGGAAGUUCCAACCGCUUCCACUUGACACUUCCAUGUCACACACCCUCAGAAAGGGUUGGCUAUCGCUGCGUGGGAAGUCUGACAACGAGUGGCACAAGCAUUGGGUCGUCCUCUCCGGAUUAUCCCUACGUCUUUACAGGGAUGUCUGGGUGGAGGAUUCGACCGAGCCCCUGAUUUCCAUUGACCUCUCCGAAUGUGAAAACGUCUAUCCAAGCGCGGCUGCCAGGAACUAUGGAAUUGAGAUCAAGUGCAAACGGACGCGCUACGUUCUUUCCGCAAUGACGCCCGGUAUCCGAGAUUCCUGGAUUUCUGCUCUUCAGCAGAAUCUGCACGAUCCGUCUCCAACAUAUCCGGAAACAACUGGAGGUAGCGAUGCGGUAUCGUUGGCCGAUAGCUCGGAUGUUCUCGGAAUGCCGCGCAAGAAGCAUAUCGCGUACGUCGCUCCGGAAAGCCACCACUCGAAUUCAAUGAUGGACGGGGAUAGCAGCACUGAAGAUGAACUAACGAGAAUACAACAACGAAGAGCUCGCCGAGACCGGUCACUCUCAUCCGCUUCAUCCCAUUCUCGCCCUCUUGCCAACCGGCAAUCGCUCUCUCCUUCGGUGCGUCGAUCCCCGAUUGGAAGGAUAAAGGAGCGGUCUGCCGAGGGCCGGGCGAGGCAUGGCUCAAAUUCAUCACUGGCCUCCUCGAAUAACAGUGCGAAGAAUCGGCGUAGACUGCAGCGCACCUCCCCGAAAUAUGGAAUUUCCCCCGAGAUGCGGAUACGCUCGCUGGAAGCGCAGGUGGCCUCCCUACGCGAACAACUUCAAGAAUCAACAUCCCGCCUGUCUGACAGCCGUACCGAAGUCGAUCGGCUGCGCCAUAUCUAUUCUGGGGCUGAUCAAACUGGCCUGGCCGCCCUGAGAAAAUCCCUCUCGGCUGCCGAGACCGAGAUCACUCGACAACAAAAAGAGAUGGAGGAUAUGCGCCAACAGCUUGUCUCUCCCUCUGGCGACCAUGCUGUCUCCACCUUCCAAGAUCGCCUCGUUUCAAUGCUCAAGGUGCAAAUGGGCGCCCUCUCCAAAUUCAACGCUUUUCUGGGAAAUAAUGUUGAUGUGCGGAACGAUUUGGACGAGUUGUUGACGUCGCUGUCGAACAUUGACCACUCGGAGAAGGGCACCCAGAUGGGAGACGAUGACUGGGAAGAAUUGCAACGACUUGUCGAGGAGACGACGCUUUUGUAUGAUAACGUCGCGAAUAGCAUCCGAAGAAAGAAAACGAACGAGGCUGCGGUUAAUACGGAGGAUGAAUGGCUAUCUGACGAGGGCCCAUCAGAUGAUGAAGACGUGAAGCAAGAAGAGGAAUGGGAAGCCGAGCUCACUGCCCUUCAAAACACGCACCAAUCCGAGAUUGAGUCGCUGCGAAUGCAUUAUGAGCAUCAGCUGAAGGGCAUCCGUGAACGGCUUGAACAUGAGGAAGCGGGGCGGCGGCGAGCUCAGGAUGAGAUGAAGAACCUCUCGACAAUCAACGAGCAAUCCGUCUCAUCUGUCCGAUCUUCUUACGAAGGCAUGCUGGAAGAGCAGCGUCGGCAUUUUGAUGAUCAGCUCGAUCGCCUGAAGACCGAGCACUCCAAAGAGCUAGAUGAUGAAAAGAAGGCGACGAGGGUGGCUCUUGAAGCUGUGCGAAGAGCGCACGAAGAGGAGAUCCGACAACUCGGUGAACGGAAGGGCCAGGCUUCCACCGAAGCGAACCGGGAAAGGGAGCUCCGACAAAGCAGCAUGCUCGAGCAGAUGCGCGAUGAACUGACCAAUCUGUCGGCCCUCUACUCGGCAAAAUGUGUCGAAAACUCGCAGCUGGAUGAACGGAUAGGCUCGAUUUUGGAAGACAAGGACAGAGAAGCCAACGAAGAAGCUGUCCGACUUCGGGCCGAAUUGACCCAAAAGGAGGCCCAAUUAGAAGAGCUGAAGCGAAGGAUACAGCAACUGGAAAGGCGACUCCAGGAAGAAGGCCAUAUCUCGGAACGCAAGCGCUCGGUAUCACGAGCAUCAAAUGUUAAUAUGGUGCUCAAAAAGCUAGUCAUUACAUCAGAUCAGCAUGACAAAGAAGAAGCCAGUACGGACGGAAUACCGCCAUCACCGGUCAAGUUUAGAAAGACGCCGUCGAAUCGACGUACAGAUGCGCGCUUCCACUCAAACCCCUGUGUAUCGGCCCUCGACGCCAUCCCCCUGCACGUCAUCGAGGAGACGCGCCGCUCUCUCGCCAUGCCCGUCGCCGAACGAAGAAAAUUCUUCGAAACGAUCGCCGAAUACGCCACCCCUUUC